AGCAUCUUCGCUAGCCCCCCUCCAUCCUCUCUUCUCAGAACAAGCCCGUGACAGCAUUCAACUGAUCCAUCCCCUCGAACCGAGACUCGCAGCUCAGUUCAUCCGAUCACCACGCGCGAGCCGGAAAAGCUCACGAGAGGCUCAAAAAGGGGCAGAAAAAGGCGAACGCCUCACGAGCGCAAGUUCACAGGAAAAGCUUUUGAGGCCACCACCCCAAUGGAAAGGCAGAGGCAGAGCGGGAGCAGUGGGGAGGUUCUGGAUGGCUCCAACAUAAUGAAGUUGGUUGGGAACGAGGAGGUGUUCGCGCACUUCGUGGAUCAUAAGUUUGAGCAGCUGGACCGCGACCACGACGGCCAACUCUCGGUCAAGGAGCUCGAGCCUGCCGUCGCCGACAUCGGUGCCGCCCUCGGCUUGCCUGCUCAGGGAUCUUCCCCCGAUUCCGAUCACAUUUACUCCGAGGUUUUGAAUGAGUUCACCCAUGGAAAGCAAGAGAAAGUGAGCAAGACUGAGUUUAAGGAGGUGCUAUCAGAUAUCCUGUUGGGCAUGGCUGCUGGCUUGAAGAGAGACCCUAUUGUUAUCCUCCGCAUCGACGGGGAGGACCUUCAGGAGUUCGUCAACAGCCCGAGUUUCGAGUCAGAAAUGGUCUCUAUAUACUCGCAGAUAGAAGUGCCCGAAGGAUCGGUUCGAGAUUACAUUGUCAAGGCCCUGGAGAAAUUGACAGUUGAACAAGGGAUGCCCCCAUGUUCCGACUCUUGGGUCGUGAGCAACAUUGUGGAACCAGCUUUGCAGUCUGGAGCAGAUGGUAAUUUAGACAAUCCCGUCUCUGAGGAGACAUUCCUGGCAGAAUUCAAGAAAGUAGCAGAGAGGGUGGCUCAACGUCUUAAGGAGCAGCCUGUGAUCGUCGCUCACAGCGAGAAUAUCUUCGAUGGAAGUGGAAUCAAGAGACUGUUGUCCAAUAAAUUCGAAUUUGACAAGUCGUUAAAUGCAGCCCUAGAGAAUGUGCCAAAGGAUAAACAUGGGAAGAUCGCAAAGGAGUACCUGCGUGUGGCAUUAGAUACAUUGGCCCCGUCAGCUGGACUACCUCCAUUCAGGGCAGUUGAUCAGAUGGACACUAUCAUAAAUGAAGCAUUCAAGAUGAUGGACGCCGACGAUGGGAAGAUUGUGAAGGAGGAAGAAUUCAAGAAGAUACUGACGGAGAUACUGGGAAGCAUCAUGCUGCAACUGGAGGGCAAUCCCGUCUCGGUCUCAUCGAAUUCGGUCGUGCACGAGCCUCUGGAUUCUUCUUCAUCACUUCUGCAGGCGUCUUCCUAGUUUGUCGGGUCUCUCUUAUUUAUAUAUAGAUGAACAAAAAGGGGAUCAAAGUGGAAAUGAAGCAGCAUGAUGCUAUUAAGUUAUUACCCGUGUGUCGACGUAAAUAAUGUACUCUCUGGUCUGUAUUAUUUUGCGAAUGAAGUUCUUGUCUAGUAAAGAAGACGCUCUUGUCCGG